AUGACGGCGGGGAGGCACGGAGGACGAGCCGGUGGUCGCCUGCACCGCCUGCUUCUGGCAGAAGUCCGGCCGGAGGUGCUUCUGCCGGCGUCUUCUUCUUCUGGCAACCUCGCCCGCGACCUACUGAUGUUGGCCACCACUCGAAGCCGCUGCAUCCAGGAUCACUCACGGCAACAGACCAAACAGCUGCUGCGUGUGAUGGUGGGCUGCCGGAGGGGCUUGCUGUGUUGCCGGGAUGGCGGCGGGGAAGCACGGAUGAUGAAUCAGUGUUCCCCUGCCAUGGCUGCUGCUCCCGCAGUAUGGCCGGAACUGCUGCCGCUGGCGUCUUCCGGCGACAACGCCACUUCUACUGUCGGCCAGCACUCUGAGCUGCCACUGCCUCGCGAAGCAUGAGGCUUUUUGCUAAUAACCACAAUGAUCAUCGUACUGUUCAUAAAAGUGGGAACAUACUCCUUGGUUAGUUGUUUGUGCUUCGCUUGAUUCCAUCUUAUCACUGAGGAACAGACCUUUCUGAUGUAUCAAUUUGUAGGCACUGUUUUUGAUUCGAAGAUUUGCCAUCUGAGUUUGAUUUCUAUUUGUGUAGUCAUGCUGGCAUUCAGGUUGGCUUUCCUUUAUUUGCAAUUCUUGAUUUGAUGGAAUGUCUUGAUUGCUGACUUAUGUCAUGAUUCCUUUCGUAUGGGCAUGACCAAGCUGUAUGUUGUUGCAUGAUUGAAAGCUCUCUUUUUCCUGUAAUGUCCACUGCUCCAAGUGCAAGGGGCAAGUCUUGUUGUCCAUUCCAAAAACCCAGCUGGCCAUGUAUUUUUCGCAUUACUGUUCUUGACUCCCUU